AUGUCCUACGGCUGCUACUCUGGAAACUACUCCUCCAGCUCCUUUGGGAGCUGCCUACAGUACCCAGGAUCCUUCUGUGGUUCUUCCUACACCAGCAGCCCGGCCUGCGGCACUGGCUUUGGAUCUUCCGGCACUUGUCCAAUGGGAUCCUCCGUCUACGGUGGCAGUCAGGAAAUGUGCAGCAAACCCAUCGGAUUCCAGGCCUCCUGCGGUGGGAUGCCCAUCUCCAGCCAGUCUGCCUGCUCUCGCCCAAGACCCUCCACCUUCUGUGGUCCCUGCCAGCCAGGCUAUGGUAGCGGUGUCUCCAGCAGCAGCUGCUCCCAGGGCUACGGAGCUGGAAGCUCCUUCAUGAUGGGAUGUGGCUCCAGCGGAUUCAAACCCUGUGGAGGCAGUGGCUUCCCUUCAGUGAGCUGUGGCUCUGGAUUCAGCCGUCCCUCCUACCUGCCUUCUAAGCCCUGCCAGUCUUCUUGCUAUAGACCAACGUGUGGCUUCUAA